CCACAGAUGAUAAACUCAGCUUAUUAAUAGAUAGAAUCCCUAUGAUUGUAUGUUCAUCUAGACAAAUGAUGAGGUUGCUACAUACAAUCUUAUUUGUAAGUGUACUUGUAGUAGUAUAUACAGAGAUUGUUGAGGCAACAACGACUGGUAACAAAUCUGUUGAAGUUACUAAAGGCAUUAAUGGUCUAGAAAAAGUCAUUCUUCGUCAAACUCAUGGCAGUAGUGUGGAGGUGUAUCUUUAUGGAGCUCAUGUGACAUCUUGGAAGAAUGAGCAAGGUGAAGAGUUGAUUUUUCUCAGUAGUAAGGCAAUAUUUAGCCCUCCAAAGCCGAUACGCGGGGGUAUUCCUACUGUAUUUCCUCAAUUCUCAAAUCUUGGCUCUCUUCAAUCACAUGGAUUUGCUAGGAACAGAUUCUGGACCAUAGACAACAAACCAUCUCCAGAUACAUUCAAGGUCACCAAUGGAGUUUUCGUUGAUUUGUUACUAAAGCCGACCGAAGAAGAUUUGAAGAUAUGGCCUCACAGAUUUGAGUUUCGAAUGAGGGUUACUCUAACACCUGGAGGAGACUUAGUGUUAACAUCUUGUAUCAGAAAUACCGACGAUGUUGGAAAGCCGUUUACUUUCACAUUUGCACAUCACACCUAUUUUUCUGUUUCAAAUAUAAGUGAAGUUGAAGUGAAAGGAAUGGCGAAGCUUGAUUAUCUUGACAAUUUACAGAACAGGACGCGAUUUACAGAAACUAAAGAUACGAUAACCAUUGAUUCAGAGUUUGACAGGAUAUAUCUUAGCACUCCAAAGAAGGUUGCCGUUCUGGAUCAUGGAAACAAGCGUACGGUUUUCGUUCGAAAAGAUGGACUUCCUGAUGCCGUGGUGUGGAAUCCGUGGGAAAAGAAAGCCAAAACUAUAGUGGAUUUACGAGAAGAUGAGUACAAAUACAUGAUUGCUGUAGAGGCAGCAGCAAUCGAAAAGCCGGUUACAUUGCAGCCUGGUGAAGAAUGGAAAGGAAGGCUAGAACUUUCAACUCGACACUAAUAAUAAUCAAGAAACAUAUGCUGAACUUGCUGAAUCCAAAUACCUUUUUUGUAACCAUGACGUCGGACCUAUGGCUCUCCCAAAGGAAGACUUUCGUGGCCACACGAUAGACAAUUAUGUACAAUAAGAAUGUUAUUUUUUUUUCCUUUUCCUGUUGAAUACAGCUACUUCAUGUCACCCCAGAUUACUUUGGUUAUAAGAAUGUUUAUUCGUGUGCUACAAAACUUGUCGAACGCUACUUGUAUA